CUCUCCGCUUCGCGCCGCGCCGGUGGAACUGGUGGAAGACCGCGGAAGUGCGACGCGUACCGUCGCGCUAUCAAUCACGUACACACCUCGCACUCCUCAUACGUGCUGGAUAGUAACGACGACGACGGCAAUCUUAUUAGUAUUCUGGAACCGAGCGUGAUGAAAUCGAUUCUGAUAACCGGUUGUAACCGCGGCCUGGGCCUGGGUCUGGUGAAGCAUCUGAUCGAGUCGCCGAGGCCACCGGACAACAUCUUCGCGACUUGCCGCGAUGCGAACAAAGCGACGGAGUUACGCGCGCUCGCCGACAAAUCAUCGAUUGUGCAGAUCAUCGAGAUAGAUUUGACGGACACGGAUAGCUACGAGAAGGUCGUGGACACGGUGAGCAAAAAACUAAAUGGCGCUGGUCUGAAUGUUCUCUUCAAUAACGCUGGUGUUGCCACCAAAUUUACGCGACUCGGCCUCGUGAAGAAGGAGCAGCUUACGGACGCUUUCCUCAUAAACACAGUGGUACCGAUUAUGCUAACAAAAGCUUUCCUGCCGCUGCUGAAGACCGCUGCGAAAAAUUCAGAAGUUAAAACAGGAUUAAGUGUAAAAAAAGCAGCGGUUAUCAAUAUGACUUCUAUCCUAGGCAGUAUUGCUGAAAAUAACGACGGCGGUUUUUAUCCUUAUAGAUGCAGCAAGGCGGCGCUUAACGCGGCGACAAAAUCGAUGAGCCUUGAUUUGAAAGCAGACGGGAUUUUGGUGGCGUGUUUGCAUCCUGGAUGGGUGCGCACCGAUAUGGGUGGCAGCAACGCUCCGAUGGACAUUGACACCAGCAUCAGUGGUAUUCUGGAUACCUUAAACUCGUUGACGGAAAAACAAACCGGUUGUUUCAUGCAGUAUGAUGGUAAAAUACUGCCCUGGUAAUCAUGGUCAAAUAGAAUGUUUAAUCAAAUGAAAUAUUUUAUACAUAAUGUUAUAUAUGUAUGGAUUUUUAAAUACUUUGAAAUAAUAUUAAAUAUACAUUGUUUUUGUAAGAAGAAAUCAUAAAUAUACAUAUUUUUAUUAAAAAA